AUGUUCAACUCCUCCUCCUCUGCGGUCUGUCCUCUCCUCCAGACCAUGCUGAACCACUCUCUAAACAACAACACGGGGGUCAACCUGGUGGUGGUGUGUGUCCAUGGCCUGGUCUCCUGUCUGGGUAUCCUGGAGAACGCUCUGGUCCUCUGGGUGGUCGGCUUCCGCCUGCACCGCCGGACCGUGGCCUCUGUCUGGGUUCUCAACCUGGCCCUGUCAGACUUCCUGGCUACGCUGACUCUCCCUCUCUUUACACACUACCUGCACUCCUCUCACAGCUGGGAGCUGGGAGGUCCGCUGUGCACCGCCCAGUCCUCAGUCUUCUUCCUCAACAUGUUUGUGUCAGCCUUCCUCCUGGCGGCCAUUUCUCUGGACCGCUGUCUCCUGGUGGCGCGGCCCGUCUGGAGCCAGAACCACCGCUCCAUUAACGCCGCCUGGAAGGUGUGUGCUUUGGGCUGGUUGUGGGCGGCGGCCAACACCUUCCCUUACUUCCUGUUCCGGGCGGUGACGGAGAAGACGGACGGAAGGAAGCUCUGCUACCACCAUUUUGGAUUGUACUCGUCGCCAGGGACGCUAGAGAGGGACUGUAGGGUACGGCAGGCGGCAACCGCCGUGUCCAAGACGUUCCUGGCGUUCCUACUCCCCCUAGUGGUGAUUGCAGGGAGCUACGCUCUCUUUGGCAUCAGUCUGAGCCAGAGGAGGAAGAGGAGGAGGAAGGACAGCAGUAGUAGACUCACCGGGGCUUUGAUUGUUACCAAUGUGGAACGCAGAGAGUCAAAACCCAACACAAACACAAACACCAAACGCUCCACCCCCAACCCAAAAGGCUCCACCCCUACCUCCACUUCCGAGCCCGGCCUAUCCCGUGGCUUCACCAAAAUGGUGACAUCAGUCAUCGCGACGUUCGCCCUCUGCUGGGCGCCCUAUCACGUGUUCUGCCUCAUCGAGGUUGCCGCCCAGUACUGGCCGACCAAGGUCGUGUUGGUGGAGGUGGGGUUGCCAAUGGCGACGACCUUUGCCUUCCUGAACCCGGUGUUAAACCCGGUGCUGUACGCGUUCAGCUGUCCCAACUUCUGCGUCCGGAUCAGACAGAGUCUGGGGGCGCUGAUGGAAGGACUGGUGGAGGAGGGAGGGAUGGGUGGAGCAGGAGGAGGGGGGCUGGGGCUGAGUAUCAGGAAAGGGUGGAGGAAGGGAAGGGGGAGCCUGGGGGGGAACUCAUCAUCGUCUCCAAGCUGUCUGGGGACUCCAGGUUCUCCGUGUCUCCAGGUAGACCAUCUGCCCUCGUCUGCCUCCAUCAACCACAACUCCAAAGCCAGUUGUGGACACCUGGAGCAAGGAGAGGACACUCUGAACUGA